AUGGCCAGCGGGCCAGUUGCUGGCGCAGGCGUGGCAGAGCACGAGCCGCUGGCGCUCUUUCUGCACCCCGGGUCGGCGGCGGCGCUCGCUGCCACGCUGCGAGGCGCCCUGGAGGCCGCCAGCAGCGGCGGCGGCAACGGCAACAGCGGCCUUGCCGUCGCUGAGGCCGCCGGGCUGCUUUUUGCCGCUGCCAUGGCGCCACCCGGUGGACAGCGCACCCAGUGGUGCCGCGAGGCGGUCGCAGCGGGGCUGCUGUCGCUGCUGCUGCGCGCGGCGGUUCAGAUCUCCACCAAGCCGAACGACCCCGCUAACGCAGCAAGGGCGGCCGCCGCCGUUUGCCUCAUGGCGUACACGGCCGGUGAUGCGCGCUUGGAUCUUGACACGCAGCAUGUCAGGCACGAUUUGGUGACGGGGGGCGAGCCCCUGUCAGAAAUCAGGGCCAGGGCGCUGGAGGCGCUGGUGGCGUUGACCGGCGGCGGCUGCACGGAUGCGGCAAUGCAGGCGGUGGCGGGCGCCAUACACACCUGCCAAGAUUUGAGCAGCGCCGCAGCCGACCUGGCCGCGCAUCCCGGGGCCGCGACCGCCCUUGUGGGCGCCCUCCUGCGCUGCGCGGCUGCGGCGUGGGCGGCGGGCCCGAGCGGGGUCCACAGCAGCGAGCGCUUCGUUGCCGCGGCGCGCACGACUUUGCAGCUGCUGUCAGUGAUGGCGUCGGCUGUUGAUGAGCCGCAUGUGGAGGCGGCCGAGGCGAUGCAGCGGCAGCAGCGCCGGCUUCCAGACGAGGCAGCGCGUUGCGCGCGUGACGGCAUCCAGGCCAUACUCGCAGAGGCAGAGGCUGCGCUGCUGCGGCUGUGUGCAGCCGGGGGUCGAGGUGGGGCGCUGGCGGAUGACGCGGCAGCUGCCUUGGGCUUCCUGCGGCGCCGUGAGCCGCCGCCGCCGCUGCCGGGGCCCGCGCCCCUGCUGUUGGCUGACGUUCGGCGCUGCCUGGUGUGCGGCAGGGGCCGUGGCGGCGGGGUGACGCUCAGGCGCUGCAGCGGCUGCAGGGCGGAGGGCGUGUUCUACUGCUCCGUGGAGUGGUGA